AGCUUGCACUCUGAUAGAUAACCACUUAGCAUAUUUUAUCUUCGCGCUUACGACUUCUUUCAUUUGGCGUUUGCAAAGUUCUUCGGUUUGAUAACAGCCCUUUGUGUGCGCUCCAGCGUUCAAUCAGCCGUCAGUGGGCUACGCGCCGUGUUGAAGGAAACACGCAUACGCGCGGUCGUCUGCAUUGCCGUCAUCAGCCACUAUCGAGUGAUAAACGAACUGCAUACAUACUGGCCGAGUAUGUUUUAAUCAACGUUGCCGCGAAUUAAGCGUACAUUGUGUUUUCCUAGCUACUUGUCUUGUGUGUGUGCUUUCACGGUGUUUAUUUAUUUGGCCCGAUUGUGCUUACAGUGCGUUUAGAUAAAUUUGUGUAUGUGUAUUUGUGUGCGCCAUUAUUAUAUGGACGAUUUAUAUUCGAAAUAUAGAACCAAGUGGAAAAAAUUAAAUUCAAAUAGCAGCUACAUGUUGGCGAAAAAUUGAGUACAAACAAUAGCUUUUUUGUAAAGUGAGCAGAAGCAAACAAAAAUAGGCAAAAUAAAAGCACUUGCGUUGCGGAAGCGUAAGAGCACAAUUUUAAUUUUGCUCGCUUGUUGAGUUCUAGCGUGUGGCCGAUAGUCGCUCUGGGAACGUUCUUUGCUACGGUUCUAGUGUUAUUUUCGGUGAAGCGUGCUUGUUUUAAAGAAAACGCGCUGCCACAACAACUACAACUGCUGCCUGUAGUCGUAGUAUUGGAGAAUCGAAGCGGAAAAUCGGCGAAAAGCUGUAACGAGCGCCAAACAGAACGCAAGCGUAAAAAUAAAAUUAAAUAAAACAGCAAGAAACGCGCGUUUAACGGCAAUGUGCUAAUUUUAUGUAAUAAUUAUACGAAAAUAAAUAUAUAACAGCUAAACGCGUGCCCAAACCGAAAAGCAUAAACUAAAAAAUUAACAUAUAAAUUGAAAAUUUCUACCUAAAUGCAUUGAAAAAAAUAAUAAUUAUUAAUUAUUAAAUCAUAAAUAAAUUUAAAAAUAAUGUCAUUAACAAAUAAUUUAAAUAUUUAAUGAAAUUUGAAAAAAUUGUGAAUUUCAAUUAUUCAACUGCGAAAAUCUACGACCAAAACGAAUACGACCCACAACGACUAAAUAUAUGUAUGUACAUAUGUACAUAUGAUACGACGACGACAUCAUCGCUAUCAACACACAACGUUUUUAGGCCAAGUAACAACAAUAACAAACACCGUUCUACGAGUCACAACGAGCGCGCUAGCGAGCAGUUGUUUAAAACGAUCAGACUUCAACUUGCAAAACUCGCAAUCAGCUGAAAUUUUGACUCACACACACACAUACCUACACAAACAGACGCGUGCAUACCCGCCCAUAUUUCCAGUCAUACAUACAUACAGAUACAAGAACGACAAAAAUACGCUCAGUUGAUGGACUAUAACAACGACAACGUAACGAUGAUGUACGAAUAAAAAAUAAUAAACACCUUAGACAAGUGUGGAAUAAUUCCGAUGAGAAUUCAGUUCCAUAACACUCAAAUAAAAAGCAAAAUGGAUUACUAAAUGCAGUUGAAAUCAAUCAACAGCAGCAACAGCAGCAGAAGCAGGAGAAGUAGCAGCAGCAAUCAACACAAUUGCAUUGCGCAAUAGUCACGCCCACACCACCGAACGACGACCACAACGACGAUAACCAGCACCCCCCUGCAAAUCCCCCAACCUCCGGCCAACGCGUAAAGAUCAACUGGAAUUAAGGAAGCAACUUGUAUGCGCAUCUUAAAACCCACAAAAUAACAAAGGAUCCGCAGCAGCAGCCUUAUCCACACGGAAAAAUACACGCAUCCCCCACAAACACACCACAACAACAAUAAAAAAGAAAAUAUAAUACAUUAGACUAAAAGCAGUCAGCGAGAACAAAUUAAUUUAAAAACAUAAAUAUUAAUAUCUUGCGUUUAAAUAAUUUAACAACACAAAAAAGCAGUUAAUUCAAAGCAUAUUCCGUUUAAUUCAGCAAACAAAGCGUUAAACACCUGUGCAACGCGGUAAACUGCAUAAAAUUGCAACACAACACAGUGUGCAACAGUGAAAUUUAGCAAAUUCAAUCAUAAUAUAACAACAACAACUCGCGUUUGCUACUUGCUGGGCAGCCAAGCGACAACCCACAAUUAUUUGUCGCCACCAAAUGCCAGCAAUUGGAGAAUAUAACCUAUAAACGGCAACACGGCCAAACCGCAAACAACAUAGAGGAGCGUGCGCUGGCACAACACAACAACAACAACAGCAACUUAUAAUGAUUUUGAUAUAAUUUGUGAAAGGUGUCACACCAAAAACAAAUCAAAACAAAAAUAUUUCAAGUUUUCUGUUUAUCCCUUCUCGUCAUAAGCGUUUUAAUAGCUUUUACUGUCAAUUAUUUAGUCUACAUUCACGGAAGCACUAUUCGGCGGAGAAAAUAUAUUGACGACAACUGAACGCGCACCCAUUUUGUUUGGAUUUAUAAUUUAAAUAAAUAUUUAACUAAUUACACAAAUAAUAAAAAUAAAAUAAAAAAUAAAAAUCAUAUAAAAAUUAAAAUUAAUUAAAUCAAUAAUAAAACUAAAUAAAUAAUAAUAAAUGCGCGUAAUUUUCAACAACUUGCACAAUAACACCACAACAACAAUAUAUAAACAGCAAAUUCAAAACCAAAGAAUUUCAAACAAAAUCUCCAGUAGCAAAGUAGAUUGUUUACUAACAAUUUUAAAUAAAAACAACAACAGCAACAAAGCAUAAUUGUGUUGUUGUACCACCAUUGUAGUUUCGUAGACACAUACAUACAUGCAUACUUUAGCCAUGAUGUAUCAAGUAGAGAAAUUUGCUUAAAUAUGUUUGCAACAUUUUCCGGCCCCGUGGCAGUGUGUCAACAACAAAUGCAACAGCAAAAACCACAACAACAAACGCAAACCUUUGUUAACAUGUUGUACGCAGCGUUGUGCAUUGUUAUCCACGCAUCGGAGGUUGCACCGAAAAAUGUUUAAAUUCCAUGCGAUAAAUUGUGUUCAUUACAACAACCACAAAAACAACAAUUAUCGACUAUUUCAGCACAUCAUUGAGGUAACAACGACGACGACGAGGACGACUGGAGCAGGGAGGCAACGUGUAGCCAUCAACAAUAGCAACAACAACAACUAGUGUAGUUAGCAACAGCGGCAGCAACACCAUUAAAAACAACAACAACAGCAGCAGCGCGAGACAACGGUGAUUAUUGCUCAAAUGCAAAUUGCAGUUGUCGCCUGGUGGUCGCCAGCAAUUGUCGCAUUCGCAGUUGUUGUUAUCAUCGCCGCCGUUGCCGCCGCCGUCGCAACAGCAGUCACGCUACAUAGUAAAGCUUAAACUUCCCUCAGCGAUUGAGAACGUCUUACGCUAAAAGUAUUGUGCUAAUUUCUACGUAAUCGUAACUCAGUCACUAGCAAUACUAGUUAAUUAACUGUUAAUUGCAUCCUUUGUGGCACCAACAACACCCUCGACGAUUGAACGUUUCAUCACUGAUUCUUGUGUGUUUCGUGGCUAAUUCGUGCAAUCCCACUUGAAUCCUUAAGUGAAAAGCUAUAGGUAUGAAAUAUCCUCAACUUGUGUCGACGCGUGCGGUGAACGCCAUAUCCGAUUGGCUAGUAGCCCGUUUGGAGCAGUUAGGCGUUGAGGCCCCACAUAUUUAUACACGACUACUUCUGUCACUUUUACAAUCGACUGUACAACUAAAUGAUCCAAUUGAAUUCAGCAAUUUAGAAUCAUUUCUUGCGAGCCGUAAAGGAAGCGGUAGGCGUUACCGAGAGUGCGAUAUUGACGAACUUAAGAAAUAUAAUGCUGUGCAGUGUAUAAAGAACAUCGUUUCGUCAGACCAGGAGAUCGCAUCUAUUGAGAACCUCGUUGAAGAGCUCUUUGAAAGACUUAAAGACAUUGAGAAGCAAUCCAGCGAUAGUGAAGACGAUGAUAGGGGUCCAGUAGCAACGCUUUCUAUCACCCACCGUUACAAUAGAUCGCAGCAAAGAAGAGAAGUGCCAACCAAUAGUAAAAGUUGCAGAGCGAGUUGCGCAGCCGAGAGUAGUAGGUACGCAGAAACAGCUGGAACAUCAGCUAGUGCCAAAAGAUUGCAAGAACGUGAACGAGAAUAUUGGCGCGCUUUUCCCGCGCUCUCGAAAGAAAUGGGUGAUAUAGCUCCCCGCUGGCGCCACUCUUCCAAGUGGAUGUUAUGGCCUUCGGACAAACCCAAAGACGACGCUAAGAAAAACGCUUCUACUAGUAGCGCCAGCUCGACAAUGUCUAGUAAUUCCGAUGCGGAAGAUGGCAACCAAGCAGCCGCAAGACACGCUAAUGAGCAGAGAAAUAUUAAAGAGGAAGAAGAAGAUGCAAUGAUGGAAGAUACCGUGGAGAAUACGGAAGGUGGAGCUAAUGUGUCUGGAGUAGAGUUGUGCGACGACAUAGUGGAUGAGAAUGAUGAAAUCGAUGAUGACGAAGCUAGUUGCAGCGCUAACGCAGCUGGUUAUGGCAGCGGUGCUAUAAAACGAAAUUCCAAACGUCGCCGCAGUCGUGGUAAGUCUUUAUCACGCAAGAACCCAGCUGGCGGAAACAACUCUGACUCCAAUAAUGCUGGCAAUAAUCGAUCACAAGCAAGUGGCGGUAAAAACAAGCGCAAUCUAUCACCCAGCUGUUGGGAUACCGAUUUCGAGGGAUGUUGGGAGAUGGGUCGCGAUUUAAUCAAAGAAUUCAUAGCGAGCCAAAAUCGUAAUGCACGCAACCGCAGCACUUCGGAGAGUGCCGUUUCGUACAAUAAGCAGAGUGCGACCGACAUAGCACCCACUAACGAUGGCGCUGUUGAUGAUUGUGAAGCAGCUACAAACGCCAAGCAACAGCAAACAACUGAAGCGCGUUUGGUUGAAAACAAAGAUACUGCUGAGGAUGAAAAAAUAAACGCCAACAAAGCCGUUACACCCACAUUACCACCAGUCGAUAUGUCGUUCUGCGAUUAUGAUGAUUUCGACGAUACACUCGCCUCUGUGUCCGAGCUGACCAAUGAUGGGCCCUUGUCAAUGCUAGCAACUAGUGAGGGUGCUUGUGCCGUGCCACCAUCUACCAACGCUAAGCGUCUUUAUGAGCGCGAAUUGUUACCAAGAGAUACGAAAUCCGAUGUACAAUCGGAUUUUGCACAAUUCGAAGCAAAAUUCAAUAGUAGCGUCGAAGCUUUAUGGAAAGAUGCUGACCGCAGUGAGGAGAAGGGAUUCAGUCCAUUUGGUGAUGGUAAUAAAUUAAAUAUUUUCAACUUUGGCAGUGGCAACAGCAAACACUUUUCCGGACCCACCUCGUUACCGACCGAUGCGCCAUUUUCAAGAAAUUUAAAAAACUUUUGGUCUAACUAUUACAAUCACCAUUUUGACUUAAGUAAAAUGCUGCCGACAAGCGUAAUUGGCGAAAAGGCCAAAGAACUCGAUGUAUUGAUGCAAAAUAAAGCAAACGAUAAGGGUGAAGCUGCUUUCAGGUCAAAUGGUGCUGGUUUUAGUGAGGCUAACAAUUUCUCCAAUACCCAACAAGGAGGUGCCAACACAGCUGGUGGUCCUACAAGUGACUACUACUCAAUGCCGAGCAAUUUGGAGGAUAUUGAAAAAGCUAAAUCGCAACGUUCCGGCCUACGUCACAAUAGUGGCUGCAGUGACAGUGGCAAUAGCUUAAGUGCGCACAGAACUGGUGGCACAAUUGGCGAAGAGCGCAAAACACCAGUGGCUCUCUUUCUACAAAACUCGAUUUGGUCAGAGAACGCUAAUUUCGGCGGCGGUGAUUCAGAUGAAACUUUCUACUUCAAAGUCCAUAAUUCGGGCAAUCAGCUGAACGCAUAUGAUGACAACAAUCGCGAAGAAACAUUGCAAUGCGAUGCCACAACCAGUGGCGUAAAUAUAAACAAUGGCAGUGGCUUUGCCUUCACCGCGCCCUACUCGGCUUCUAAGUGGUCGGAAGGUAUUAAUGCUGGACCGCCACAAGGUAAUGUGCCAACACCGCUAUUACAGCACAAACAACAGUGCGGAAAUCAAAAUAACAGUUAUCAUCUUGCGUUGAACUCAACCGAUUGCACAGAUUCAUCUUCGUCGAGCGCAUGUACACCAGGUGCCUCAAAUUGGCAUCAUCUGCCCAAAAGUGAUGCUAAAAAUGAUUGGUCCGCCGAGCAAAUGCGCGACACAAACGCGGCACAUGACACUGGCAGCACGGUAACACCGAAAAUUACGCUCGCCAAUCACUCGACAACAGGCAGUGGCUUCGUUGCAUAUUCACGCAUUAAAGCCGUCUUAAAGUUGCAAUUGUCAAGCGAUGGCAAUGCCAUGAACGAUGCUGCAGCUAAGCAGCAGCAGCGAAAUUACCCACCACGUACGAAUAGCAAGGAACAACAACAACGUUAUGCACUCGAUAUGAUGGAUGAUGGCGAAAAUCUACUGACUUCCGAACGCACACAUUUCCAUCCCAUUAAAUCGUAUAUGGAUGGGCACACAUUCGAUAUUUGCAGUGAAUUGGAUGUUAUCGAGUACGAGCGUUCCGCCAGCGGUUAUCUGUACUAUGAAGAAGAGAAAUAUCUCGAGUACACGCGUACCGAUAAUUUUAUGGUGGAAGAUGAUGGUGGCAUUGGUGCCUCAGCCAACCCCUUGUAUGCCAAUUCGAAUUGUGAGGCAGCCACAGCUAGCGCCAAGGCCAAUUCCGCUAACCACAGCAGCAAAUUAAAGCGAGUCGAGCGGGAUUUCGUCAUAAAAUUCCGUGUGCAACGCACCGAAAUCGCUUGCCAAACGGAUCCAGAGCCGCCGACUGCACGUGCGGCAGUGAGCUACAACAAACGCAAUGUUGCUAUGAAUGCUUCGACAACAACAAAAACAGCACAACUGCAUCCAAUAAGUUUAAUAUUCUCAAAUGCAGCGAAAAAUUUGAGAGCAAACGCCGCAAACGAACUUGUCUACAGCGACACCGUGGAGGCGUUUACGCGCGCUAUGGCACACUUUCCGCCGCCGCAGGCGUCGUCUAGCAACCAUUCGGCUUGGUGGUCAAUGGGAGCUGAUGUCGGUGAUUCUCGGGCGGCUAGCAGCAACUGGAAUGUCUACCAAACACAGCCGAAGCUGCAGCAAAAUGCUAAAAACAAUAAUAAUAAUGAAGAUAACGCUAAUGAUGACGCUGGCUGUGAUGUGGUACAUUUCAAUGGCAGCAUUGAUGAGUUACCCGAUGGUAUGGCCACUCUCCAUGCAGAUGUAGAUAUGACAAGCUUAGAGCAGCAAUGGUCAAUGAAUGAGAUACGCAAGAAGUGCAAAGAAGCCGGUCACAUGGCUGCUGCUGAUGCUGUUGACGGCGGCGCCAUCGAGUCUGUUUGGGGCAUGUGUGCCGCCUGUAAUAAUGAAUUGAAAUCCAUACCGGCCAAUAGGCUAUUGCGCGACGAAUUGCAAGUGGAGGCCGACCAGAUAAUGAGCGAUUUGAAAUACAUGCAAGAUUUAUACAUAGGGCCCAAUGCUGCAGCUGAUGAUGCUGAUAAUAAUAAUGCUGAUAAUAAUAAUGCUGAUAAUAAUAAUGCUGAUAAUAAUAAUGCUGAUAAUAAUAAUGCUGAUAAUAACAAUGCUGAUAAUAAUAAUGCUGAGAAUGGAGCCGAUGAUCACCAAUGUGAUGGUGAGAGCGCCGCAGAGACUGUGACUAGCGACAGCGAUUGGUGCGCCGAAGAUAUAACUGCAGAUAUGGCGGAUGAGUGUGUCGUUAAUACAAGUUUGCAGAAUGCCAAUAAUAAUAAUGAACUAAAUGAAGAUCAUACAAUGCAGCAGGCAGACUCUCCGAAUCAAACUACUAACACUGUGGAGGGUGCUGCCAACAAUUCCAAUGAUUCCGAGACGUUUACGGUAAUACAAAAAGUAAAUCGUCUCAUCGCCGAACUAUUGCGACCCGACAACAAUGCUGAUGGCGUCAAACAAAUCAGCAAACAGAAUGCCAACGCUGCAUGUGCGAAAGUUAAUGAAUCACGUCAGGUGGAAGCUGAAGCAACACAAUUUAGCGGUAAUUUGUGGCACACUAAUAGCAAUGAGCGCAAUAUUUGGCAACUGAAUGCUGGCGACAACACAAAUAGCUUAAUUGUGGCUGGCGGUGGUGGUGUUCUAGGCAGAGGCGAUAGUGUUAGUGGUGGUGUCGGUGGUACUAUGCAUCCAAUACAACUUUUGCGCCAAUUCAAUGUGAAGCCAUUGGAGACUGCUGUAGCCAAUGUGCAUAACGUAUUCCCUUCAGCCGCUGCGGCUGAUGUAGAUAAAUACCACAGUCAAAUGAGUUGGGAGCACGAAAAUUUAGCUAGAAUUUGGCAGACAUCACCACCGUCACCACCACAGACACAAAGCGCCACUAUGACAAUAAAUGAUGCCAAACCACAAGCCGCAACCGAACAAAAAGUCGUAGACACCUAUGAACAGCAAGCGGAUAUCGCUGAGAAAAAUAUGCGCAAUUUACGCGCCAACGCAGAUGAGAGCGUGGAGACGGCCGCUGCCAAUUUACAAUUGACGCAAGAUUUUAAAAAGCAUAAGGAAAGCAAAGUGGCUGCAGCUCUAGCUAACGCCCAGCUAGUCGACUCGGCUUUAAAAUUUAAGGCAAUCACUCGCAAACGUCGUCAUUCGGCUUCACAAAAUUAUUUUCACGCGCAUUUAAAUAGCAGCGCUACGGCAGCUGUUGCCGCUGUCAAUAGCCUGGUUGGCGGUGGCGUCACACCAUUGCAAAACAACAACAACAAUGAGAUUGCCAAUCUAAAUAGUUAUACCUUGAAGUCGUUGCGUAACUCGCGCAAUGCCAAUGAGUUGAGUUUGCAGAAUUUUCUAAAUGCUUCGCUGCGUUUUGGUGCCGCUGCAGCCGUUGCCGUUGCCGCUUCUAACGCCAAGAAAUGUUCCGAUUUGGCCAAUAAUCUUUGUGGCGCAGAUUUUGCAUUCGGUUGCGAUUCAACUGCAACUGCGGCCGGUCGAAAUCAAACGAUCAUCACCUGCAAAUAUCAUUUGACUGCAAUUGAGCCGUUGGGUGUGCAGCAGCAAAAUCAUGACGGCGACAAUAACGAAUAUGGCUUGUUUACUGGCAAUGGCAUCGACGGCGAAGGCAAUACAGCGGCACCGCUCUCUAGCAUCCUCGACAAGAAUCCAUCUAUAUUGAAGCAUGUCACCAUGGUGUCACGUCCGUUGACGCGUUAAAAUGCUUCGCUCGUUUAAAACAAAUUUCAAGGUGCUGUGGCUCAGGAUUUUGUCGGAUGGAUUGGAGAAGUUAACAUUAGAAAAAAAUAUUCAAUUGAAACAAUAGAACUUUGGCAACAACAGUAUCAACGACAACAAAAUAGCAUUCACCACAUGGAAUCAGAAAAAGAAAAAUGAAACAUAAUUUACUAAAAAAAAAAUAAACAAAAAUCAGCAAAUCAAAUGGUGCAUAACGGUUGCAAAAUGCGCCAGGAGUAUCUUAAAAAAAUAGUAGCAACAACAAAAAAUAUAAAAACGAGAGAUAAUUCAUGUUAAUUUUCGUAAAUUUAGUUAGAUCAGCUUAUCGUUUAUGUGUAAAAUUUUAUUUAAUACCUUACUUAUAUACUUUCUUCUUUUUUGUUUGUUAAAUGUUGUAAAUUAUUCAUAUGCAUACAUACGUACUCUCAAACAUAUAAGGAACCGCGAUUUAUAUAAACAAUUAAUAACUUAAACACACAUAGAUACGAGAACACAUUGCAAAUUAUUCAAAUAUUUAUGUAUAUUAUCUAUGUUUAACGAUGAUUACUCAAGCAUUACAGCUGCAUAUAUCUUUUUUGACUUUUUUCAUUUACUUUCGUUAACUGUAUUUAUAUCCUUGCUUAACUUUAGUUUUUUCUCUUUUUAUAUAAUUUUUUUUUUGUUUUGAGUCAACUGUAUUAUCAAACUCUUAAAUAUUACGUUUCCAAAUUUAAUUUAAAACUACAAAAAAAAAAUUAAAAACAAAAAAAUGUUGAAUGCAACAAAAAUUAAAAAAAAAAAAAUUAAAUGUAUAGAAGAACACAUAUAUACACGAAAAGCAAAACUGCAAAAAUGUAAAAAAAAAAUAUAAUAUGAACAUGUAUGUAUGAGAUCCCAAAAAAUAUUCAUGUUAAAUUUUAGCUGCAUGUGAAAAAGAAGCAGUAAUAACGUAAACAAAAAUUAAUGUUUGCAUUCCUUAUAGUUUCGUUGUUAGCCAACAACAAUGGCGGCGACGUAUAUGCAACAUUAUCUAAAAAAAACCGGGUUCUUUAGCGAAACUUAUACAAAUUUGCAACACCCCAUAUUCACUUAGUGCAAAAAUUACGCGAAACUAAUGGAAAUUGAACCUAACGUCGUAGCAGAACAGCACCUAAAAGGAAACCCGUCCCAAAAAAAACCGAAAAAUUUAAUAAAAAUAAUAAUACAAAAUGAUAUGAAUGAUAUAUAAAAUGGUCUACCGCAUUGAAUGUGCACCGCGUUAAAUAACUAAUUAGUCAAAAUCUCACUUUCUUUUUCUUUUAACUUCAGUUAAAUUCACACAUUUUUCAUAUACGUUUCAGCAUUUUCUCUAUCAAGCAAUAAAAUUAUAUGUACAUACGUACCGAGCACUGUUUUUUUUAUCAAGUGCCACCAAAAGCCUACACGGCAAUUUUGUGUUGCGAUACACGAUUCAAGAUUCAACAAGUUUAAUCUUCCACUUGUGUGGCAAAGUAAAUACUUUUUUAAAAUUUUCAGUCACUUAACCUCAAAAUAGUUAAUUCAUAUUUUUUUUUAUAAUUUCGUUCUCUUGAUCUUUCUUUCGAUUUUACAUUCUUGCACAUUCAAUAACGGUGAAUAUCACAUAAAACUCAUCGACAACAAAUAAAAGGUCCACCCCCGCGCGAAGUGUGUGCAAAGUGUUGUAACACACAUAACCCUUUCCAAACACACACAGCCACCACUUUAAAUGACUUUAGUUGGAUUUGGCGUAGCAAUAUUUAGACAGAGAUCAGGUGCAAAUUAAAAACACGUUGCACCUUUUUGUUGUUAGGCAAAAUAAAGAAGAACCAAUGUUGAGUUUAUUUGUAUUAUGAAAAAAAAAUGUAAUAAAGAGAACCACUUAAGGUUCGCGAAAAAAAAAAACAAAAAGCAAACCAAAAAUGCGCUCAUUUAUUUAUUUAUUACAAAAUUUGAAAAGUGAAAAAAUUUUAAGAAAAAAAUUAUGGUGAAGUUAGAAAUAUUUCGCAGACACACAAACAGACAAGGCAUUGCAAAGAAAGUUCGCGUAUUUUGUCUUACUUCAAUAUCCACGCCUACAUACAUACGAUAUAUAGUAUGUGUAUAUGUGUGGGUAUAACAAUUAAAGUGCAAGCCUGGUUUUAGCUGUUGCAUUCACUAGAACUACGAAAAUUUAUUUUUGGCCAAUUAUAGAACACGUCUUGUUAUUAAAAUCUAUUUAAAGUCUCCUGCUGGGCACAUAACUCGAAAAAUGUGCUCUAUAUCAAUAGCAGUAAAACUAAUUGAUGAAGAUAUGCAGCAAAAAUGCUGAGACUGGUAUAAAGCUAUACCAUUUCCAGAAGAAUGAACACAGACACAUAAAUACACAUGCGCUUGCGCUAAUAUUGGCGACGCAUGUUUAGUGCAAUGCAGUUAAUUAUAUAAUUUGUUGGUACAUUUUUUUUUUGUUUUCUAUAUACAAAUUGCAUACACAUACAUACAUGUAUGUAUUCAAAUGUAAUAUUAAUAAUAUUAAUUUUUAAAGUUAUUCACUGUUCGAUUUUCUGUUAAUAUAUUUGCGUUGCUUUUGUUAAAUAUUUCUAUGGCUAUUCCUGUCGUUUGUUUGUUUUACUAGUUUUCUUUGUUAAACUGUCGAGUACAACUCUGCGUUUGUGUUUACUUGAAUUAUUUACACAAAAUAUUACAAAACAUGCCAACACAUUGUAAAAACUAUAUAUUUUGCAUAUAAAUGCAGCAGUACCGUUAUGUAAAAGAAAAUAUAAUAUAAAAAAUUUACAAAAUAUAUGUGUGCAACAAAAAUAAUUAUCUAUGGAACUAUGACUAUUAGCCCCCAUAUUUAAAAAUAAACCUUAUUUGCUUGAAGAGUAAAAUUUGCUUUGCAUGAAGCACAAUAUAUCUUAUUAUAAAAUUCUAGUGCAAAAAAUAUUCAGAGAGUGCACCCCUUUUAUUUCUUUAUUUUUUUUUUUGUUUUUUAUUGCGUUUGGAAGCACUCGUAUUUAAGCCGUUAUUUGCGUUAAUACAAAUCCAAAUAUUAUAACAAAUUAACGCACACACGCAGAGAAAAGUGUGUAUUUGCGAAAUUAAAGUAAACAAAAUUGUAAUUACUUUUAAUUAAUUAUAACAAAUGAUAAAAUAUUUAUAAUUAUAUGAUUUUUUUUUGUUGGUUUUUGAAAGCAUUGGCAAAACAUUCAAGAAUUUUGCUUUAAAAUAUUAUGUAUGAAAUAAGGCGAAAGAAAUUGCAGCAAAAAUUGGUAAAAUGCUGCAAAUUAUAAAAACAAAAAGGUGAACAUUUGUAAACAGAAACAAAAAUAACUGAACAAUUUAAUUAUAGUAGUAAAAGUAUUUAAUUAAGUAACUACUAUAAUUACUAAACAUAAUUUCAUCGAAAGUGCGCACUGUAUUUUGUUUUACAACAACAACAUUAUAUUGUAAUGUAGGAACAAAUUUCAUAGGUAUAUAUAUAGAAAGGUUUAUGUAUAGUGUUAGUCAAAUAUUAUAUGUAUGUAAAGCGCUGUGUGAACGGAUUUGUGUGUAAACAGUGCAAAGUAUGUAAAACGUUUAGUAAAAGUAAUGAAAGCGCAACUACAAACACAUACAAAUAGUAAUGUAUACAAGCACACACACACACACACAAUACAACUCAUACGCAAACAUUUCCAUUAAAAUUACGAGGGCGUGGCUGGCUGCAUUGCAUACUUGUUUAAGAAAUAGUAUGCACCAUUUGUUUCGACUCGUGUAUUCUACGCUACGCCUUUGUAAUUAACACUACACUCAAUCAUAACCUCAGUUUUCAGUAGUUUCAUGCCCACAUUAUAGAAAUGCAUUAUAUAAUGUGACACUUUACUACCCCGCAGAGCUAAAGCCUACAAUAUAUAACAUUACAUUAGUCAAAACCAUAAAAUAGUUUAUAACUGGCUAUAAUAAUAUAAUUUAAAAAUAUUUAAAGAAAUAGUUUCACUUCAGUUAAUACAAAAUAGUAUGAUUUCUAAUAGCAAACAAAAAAUAACCGAUUUAUAAACAAGUUAGCUAAUUUUGUUGUAUAUUUUUCAGUUAAUUGUAUUAUUACCGUUAUAUAUAAUGUAUAUUUAUACAAUAUGAUAAAAUAAUUAUUUAACAUAUUUUUUCACCCAACGAAGCGCACGUUAUAUUUUUUUUUUAUUCAAAAAUUAUUUUUUCCUUAUCUUAAAACGCGUUAAUUCGAAAAUAUAUUUUCACUUCAAACAUUUCAAAAUUAAAUUUUGUAAUAUGUACAUAUAUUCUGCAAACCAUACAACAAAAAGUUUGCAGCAACAGUACUGUACUAUACAUACAGUACACCUAUACAAGAAUGUAUUCCAAACUUAGUCACUUUCAGCAGCUGAAAAUAAUUUGUACGAAUUUGCUGCUUGAAAACUAUUAAAAUUGCCAUUUAAAAUUCCAGUGCGCUCAUAAACAAAUACUUUUUUGUGCCUACAAAUGUAAAAAAAAGUUUCAGUUAGGUUAUAUGUAGUUGUUGUUGUUAUGACAAAAAAAAAACGCGAUCCAAUUAAUUUUUAGCUUUGCUGCCGUAGCUCAUAUAAAGUCCAUAUUGACAUAUAACUGACCGUUUUAGCGAUUUAAUCCCGCUAUUCAUGAAAACAGACCACAUUUUUCGGACGCAUUCUUACGAAUUUUGUAAGCUCGUUUUUGGCCACUAUUUUUUGUAGGCACACAUUUUGUUAACAAUAUUUUGCUUUACUAAGCUUUCCAAAUAUUUAUACGACUUUCAUUUUUACAAAUCGCAACUGUAUAUAUACAUAUAUAUAUAAUUUAUGAAAAAUACCGUUAAAAUGCAUGACGGCAAACACGAAGCUUUUAAUGAGUAUUUCGAAAAACAUGAUAAUAUGGAAGUUUCCAAUAAAUAUUUUGCAAAACAAAAAUCGAAAGCUGAGAAAUAGAAGGAAAAGCAAAAACAAACCAAUAGCAAAAAGAAAAAGUUGUCGAAUAAAGCAAUUUUGUGUAAAUUACUGUAAAAAAAAGAGCAAAAUUCAGCUGAACAUCUAUAGUAAGACUUUGUAAUUAAGCUUUUGAGUUGUAACAAAAUGACAUAACCUAAAAAUAACAGCACUUGAACUGUGUCAAGAGUCAAACAUGGCAUUUUCGGCUAAACAGCGGAGUUCCAACCAAAAAUAUUUGGCUUUUAGUUGACACAUUUGGGUAUUUGCAACGAUUUUUUGCUAUAAAAGCUUGGCAAAAUGACAAAGUCAACUAAAAACUGACUAUUUUCGGGUUAAAAGUUGUUUAGCAAAAAUCAAAGUAAUAGUGUGCGCCUAAGAAGUCAAAAAAAUCGACUGUUACAAUUUUUAAGCGUUAGUUUUCAUUUUAUGCAAAAUCUAUGUAAAAGUCACUUAUAAUACAUAUGUAUGUAUAUGAGCAACUCAACUAUAGAAUUGCAGUUUAUUUACUAACUGAAGUAAACUAAAAUUUUCAUCAAAAAAAAUGUUGUUUGCGAAAAAAACUUUAGAAAAGCAAACCACAAGUAUUGAAAAUUAAGCAAUUAUAAUAAGCGCGUAUGUUUGUGGAAGCGAUAGCAAGAAGAUGCAAAGAACAAAUGAAAGUAAGACAAGAUUGCUCCGCGUAUGAAAGGAAAUUUUAGAAAAACAAGUAAAGUUACGAAGUUAUAUAAGAGAAACAUACCAAGUGUUCACUGCUAGAGCGGCAGCCGUUAGUGAGAGGAAAUACGGGAAAUGAAUGUAUGUAUGCAAGUAGUAAGCGAUUGUGUGACUGAGCAAACAAGAAAAAAAUAUUUUAUUUUUUUGCUUUACUUUAAAUAGGAAUUGUAAAUAAUGAAUAUUAAACGCUAUUCUACUAAACUAGUUUACUAUCAGUGAAGUACAGGAAAAUUACGAAUUACGGUAAAGUUGUACAAGCAAGCAUAGUGUAAAAGAAAUGUCAAGAGAAUAUGAAAAUGCAAAAAAUGCAAGCAAAACAAACACAUGAAACAAAUAAAGUUUAAUGAAAAGAAACAAAUUAAAUAAAUUCAAGUAAAUCAUUAAAUAAAAAUGGCGUACGGAUAUGGAAAUUUGUUAAAGGAAUAUCCGGCGCAAAGAAAUAAUUAGGCUACUAAUUUCUGUAUGCAUAUGUAACUAAGUGUAAAUGCUAAUAGACAAACAUACAACAAACAAUAAAUAUGUAUAAAGGGUGUAUCGCCAAGUAGUGGGCGCGUCCUGCAUAAACAAAUUGUGAAAAUAAUUAUGAAAAGCGUGCGAAAUUUGUAAAAGAAAAAUUUGUUUUAAAUUGCAAGUGUGCAAAUAAUUGCAGUGCUGAUAUAUGUACAUACGAAUAAACAUUGUAUAAUACAUAAUACAUACAAAUAUUGAUUUAAUAUUUAGCUGCAACUGUAAUUUAAAAUGUUUGCCAAAAAUUGGUGUCAAGUGAAGCAAGAAAAUGCAAAAAAAAACAACAAUUUGUUAAUUUUUGUAUUUUAUUUCCCACAGGCAAAAAAUAUCUAUUGGUUGAUUUAAACACAUAUAUUAAUUAUAGUAGCAGUAAAAAAAUAUCAUUUAACCAAAAAACAUUAUUUUGAGUAAUUGUAAACCUGCUCAUUAACUCCGUUGUAAAAUAUGCGAUAUGUUUGUAAUUAUAUUUUGAAAAAGCACUUUUAGCAGAACAAAAACGGAAUAUUGUUGCUACUCCAUGAAAAGUAAUGUCUAAGAAGGAUAGAAAUUGUACUUUUUGUUCUAGUAAACAAAUAAAUAACAUAAAAUCAAGUAAUAAUACGGCUAGACAAGACAACUUUAGUUCUUAAGUAAAAAUGCUAAAUGUUCAGCAAAGGUAUACUAUAUUUUUGCACAAAAAGCAAAACAAAAAAAUCCGAAUUGUUUUGUAAAACAGUGCGUUGGUUGGACUAAAGUGUUUAUAUAGAAACAGAAAAAAUAAAAAAAGUUAGUUUGGCAAGAAUAUGAUUUAAAUAAUUGUUGUAAAUCCAAAAAUAAAAUUUAACGAACAAAAAAAUUUAAAAUUUAUCUUAUAAAUUUUUGUAAAGAAAAUUUAAAUUUACGUUACAGAUUUUUUGCAACUUUUUUAACAAGGAAAUAUAGUUUUUUUCGUUGCAACUUUUUAAACCAAAUACAACUUCUUAAUUUUCAAAUAUUUAUCUUAAUCAAAAGUCCAUCAACCGCACCGUUGUAGUUAUAAUUUUGUCCAAAAAAAAAAAUAUAUGAAAAAAUUACCAAUUUUCAUUACGAAAAAAAAAACAAAAAUGAUAAUUAAAAAAAAUUAUUAAAAACACAAAUACACAAUUUGUGUGUUUGCAAGGUAAGAAGUAAGGUUUUUGUGCCUUUUUCAAAAAAAAAAAAAAAAAUGCAAAAAAGUAUAAAUGUAAUAAAGAAAAACAAGAAGGAAUGCAAAAUGCACCAAAUUAACGCGGAAGUUGAACAACAAGAGGCGCAAAAUAAAAUAAGACACAACUACAAAAAUUUAAAUAUAGUUGUGUGAAUGAAAAAUUUAAUAAUAAUUAAAUUCUCAAAAAAAAAAAUAAUAAUAAUAAUUAAACAAUAAUGCAAACAUUUUCUUCUGCAUAAAAGUCUGACUACGGGUCGAAAACAGCUAAACUUUGGCUGUACAAGCAGUAAAAAUAGCAUUGAAAGAAAAGUAAAAAAUACAAAAAAAAAUAUUGCACUUGCAAUUGAUAAUGUCAUAAUAAAAUACAUAAUAACAUAAAAAUUUAUAACGAAAACAACUGAAUUACAAUAGUUAGCUAUUAUAAUAAUAAUUUUACAAUGGUAAGACUAAAUAAAAAAGAACAACAUAAACAAAUAAUAAUUGAAAACGUAAUAUAAAAAAAUGCUCACAUUAUUAACUGCAAGUUGGCAAAAAAAAAAAUCCUCAUAUCUAUUAGUUUAAUUAGUUUCUUUACACCUUCUCAGUUUUCUCCCAUUAUUGAGCUUUCGACUUCAGAAAAAAAUACAAAAAAACUAAAUUUAAUUAUGUGUUACUGUAGAUUCUCUUUCUAUAAUUUAAAUAUAUAAUACAUAUAGAGAUCAGUAAUAAGGUUUUCUUUUCAAUUAAUUUCAUAAAAAGUAAACAAAAACAGCUUCAUAACAUAAAAUUAAAAAAAUUGAAUAAGCAAAUUAAUAUAAAAAUACAAAAGAAAGAAGUCAAAAAGUAUGUAUGGAAGAGUAAGCAAGACCCAAUCGCAUGUGUAGAACGUCUGAUCCCAGUCAAAAUUUCUGUGGAAUACCAGUAAAGCGUAAAUUUGAAACCAAUGUAAUAAAUAAUACCAAACACAAAAAUGUACUACCCUCCCCCCC